CUCUCUCUCUCUCGCGCUUUUUCAUAUCAAAAUCGGCUUCGAUUUUUUUUCUUCUCGGUGCCGAGAAUUUGCGAAACUUUUCAAAUUCGAUAACUUCGUCGGCUUUGAUGGGUCGUCGUCCGAUUUGAAUAUUCUCUCCUCCGCCCGCCCCCACGAGAGUUGAAUAUCCGUUUUAGGGGGAUUCACGGGGUCUUAGGGUUCUUACAAAGAUGAGCGUUGCGAAAUCUCAGGUAUGGCAGCCAUGCAAGAAGAAGCGAUCCUGAAAAGAUCUUUAAACAUCGAAUCUAGAAGAUAGAAAGAGAGAUGGCUUCUCGAUCAACACCUUCGCGAUCAACUCCUUCUGGGUCUUCUUCAGGGACGCGAGUGGGUAAGUACGAGCUUGGUAAAACUCUGGGUGAAGGAACCUUCGCUAAGGUCAAGUUCGCUAGGAAUGUUGAGAACGGAGAGAGUGUCGCCAUUAAAGUCAUUGAUAAAGAGAAAGUCUUGAAAACCAAAAUGAUCGCUCAGAUCAAGCGUGAGAUUUCGACAAUGAAACUCAUCAAGCAUCCUAAUGUCAUCCGUAUGUAUGAGGUGAUGGCUAGCAAAACUAAGAUCUACUUUGUUUUGGAAUUCGUUACUGGUGGAGAGCUUUUCGAUAAAAUUUCAAGCAGUGGGAGGUUGAAGGAAGAUGAGGCCAGGAAGUACUUCCAGCAGCUUAUUAAUGCUGUUGACUAUUGCCAUAGCAGAGGAGUUUAUCACAGAGACCUUAAGCCAGAGAAUUUGCUCUUGGAUGCAAACGGUACUCUGAAAGUCUCUGAUUUUGGAUUGAGUGCUCUACCUCAGCAAGUCCGGGAGGAUGGUUUACUUCACACAACAUGUGGAACACCCAAUUAUGUUGCUCCCGAGGUAAUCAACAACAAAGGUUACGAUGGAGCUAAGGCUGAUUUGUGGUCUUGUGGUGUGAUUCUCUUUGUCUUAAUGGCUGGCUAUUUGCCUUUUGAAGAUUCCAACUUAACGUCUUUAUAUAAAAAGAUAUUCAAAGCCGAAUUUACCUGCCCUCCCUGGUUCUCUGCAAGUGCCAAGAAGCUAAUCAAAAGGAUUCUGGAUCCCAAUCCAGCUACGAGGAUUACAUUUGCCGAAGUCAUUGAAAAUGAGUGGUUCAAAAAAGGGUACAAAGCACCCAAAUUUGAAAACGCAAACGUCAGCCUUGAUGAUGUUGAUGCUAUUUUUGAUGAUUUAGGGGAGUCUAAGAACCUUGUUGUGGAGAGGCGAGGAGAAGGACCUAAAACACCAGUAACUAUGAAUGCUUUUGAGCUCAUCUCAACAUCACAGGGUCUCAAUCUCGGUUCGCUUUUCGAAAAGCAAACGGGGCUUGUUAAACGGAAAACUCAGUUUACUUCCAAAUGUCCGGCUAAUGACAUAGUCACCAAAAUUGAGGCAGCAGCAGCACCUAUGGGCUUUGAUGUCAAGAAAAAUAACUACAAGAUGAAACUUCUAGGAGAAAAGUCAGGCCGCAAGGGCCAGUUAGCAGUCACAACUGAGGUUUUUCAAGUUGCUCCAUCGCUUUAUAUGGUUGAAAUGCGAAAAUCAGGGGGUGACACCUUGGAGUUCCACAAGUUUUACAAGAACCUGACCAUGGGUCUCAAGGACAUUGUUUGGAAGACAAUCGAUGAAGAGAAAGAGGAACGAACCGAAGGUGGUACUAAUGGUGCAGUGGCUGCUUCUUGAUACCAGACAAUUGUGAAACAGUUUGCGUUUGUUUUUGAUAUAGAUUUUAUUCGUUAUAAAUGGCUAUGGUACUUGGGGUUUGCGAGUGGUUUUGAAGUUAUAUAAAGUAAGUGUGAAUAUCAUAUGCGUGUAUCCUAGCUUGAAAGCGAAAGCUCUUUCUACAUAUUUGGGGAUGUUUUAAGAAUCGGUUUUUGUGCCAUUUCUACGAGUUUUUUACUUGCCAGUGA